AUGCACUGCUAUCUCCUGAGCGUGUUCCUCACCGUGGAUCUGGCCACCGUGGCUUUCAGCCUGUCUACCUGCAGCACCCUCGACAUGGAUCAGUUUAUGCGCAAGAGGAUCGAGGCGAUCCGGGGCCAGAUCUUGAGCAAACUGAAGCUCACCAGCCCUCCGGAUGAGUACCCCGAGCCCGAGGAGGUGCCCCCGGAGGUCAUCUCCAUCUACAACAGCACCAGGGACCUGCUGCAAGAGAAAGCCAACCACAGAGCUGCCACUUGUGAAAGGGAGAGGAGCGACGAGGAGUAUUACGCCAAAGAAGUUUACAAAAUAGACAUGCAGCCUUUUUACCCCGAAAGUAAUUCUCUAGGACAGUGCUAUUACAGCCUUUACUUCCGAAUCGUCAGAUUUGAUGUCUCGGCGAUGGAGAAGAAUGCCUCCAACUUGGUGAAGGCUGAGUUCAGGGUCUUUCGCCUGCAGAACUCAAAGGCCCGGGUCUCAGAGCAGCGGAUAGAGCUGUACCAGGUCCUAAAAUCUAAAGAGUUAUCCUCACCAGGACAGCGCUACAUCGACAGCAAAGUAGUUAAAACAAGAGCUGAAGGAGAAUGGUUGUCUUUUGAUGUCACUGAGGCUGUGCAUGAGUGGCUCCAUCAUAGAGACAGGAACCUUGGAUUUAAGAUAAGCUUACAUUGUCCAUGCUGCACCUUUGUGCCUUCCAAUAAUUAUAUCAUCCCAAAUAAAAGUGAGGAGCUUGAAGCAAGAUUUGCAGGUAUUGAUGACUACCCAUAUUCCAGUGGUGAUCUGACAGCUUCAAAGUCUAUUAGGAAAACAAAUGGGAAGACCCCACAUCUUCUGCUAAUGUUAUUACCCUCCUACAGACUUGAGUCACAACAGCCCAGUCGGCGGAAGAAGCGUGCUCUAGAUGCUGCCUAUUGUUUUAGGAACGUGCAGGAUAAUUGUUGUCUUCGUCCACUUUAUAUUGACUUCAAGAGGGAUCUUGGCUGGAAAUGGAUUCAUGAACCUAAAGGAUAUCAUGCUAAUUUCUGUGCAGGAGCCUGCCCAUAUUUAUGGAGCUCAGACACUCAGCACAGCAGAGUACUCAGCUUGUAUAACACCAUAAAUCCAGAAGCUUCUGCCUCUCCAUGCUGUGUGUCCCAGGAUUUGGAACCCCUCACCAUCCUCUACUACAUUGGCAAAACACCCAAAAUCGAACAGCUAUCCAACAUGAUCGUAAAGUCUUGCAAAUGCAGCUAAAGAGUAACCCUGAAGCAGCAUGACGUGUGUGUAUUAAAAAAAUAACCAAGGAAAAAAAGAAAGAGAGAGUGAGAAGGAAGGAAAGAAAACCGAAAAUCCAGGUUCAUCAGUGUUAAAAGAAAAAUAAAAAAGAAGAAGAAGAAAAAAAGCGGUACUAGACUGAACUGUUUGAAAGUUUGUUUGUUUGUUUUUAAACUGGCAUCUGAAGCAAAACAUUGAAGGCCUUUAUCCUACUUUUCACCUAGACAUAGUGUGAGAUAGACAAAGAGCAAAGUUAAAGAAAAAAAGCAACCUUUUAAAAAUAAACACUGGAAGAAAUUUGUUAGCAUUACUAUGUGAAAGGAAAAAAACAGGAAAAUCCCAUGAAGUGGAGUUGCUGUAUCUGUCCCGUGCCUUACUUGAUCUCUCUGUAUUGUUACGCAAUAGGCAUCCUACCCAUUCCUCUUAGUUGUAGAGUUAACAGUGCAUUAUUUAUUUGUGUGUAAAAACUAUCAAAUGAACAUUUCUGUAUCACCAUUGGAAAAAAGAAAACCAGCCAAUGUGGACAAAGUGGAGACCAAAUAAACUGCCAGAAAUACAUGCAAAGCCUAGAGGAACGCAAACUCAAAAGAAUCGGAGACAUAAUGGUUAGUUUAGUUCGAUUAAAAUAGAAAUCAGUUAUUACAUUAUUGAGAAACUCUGCCUUUAAAUUACCUUAUUUUUCAUGCCAGCUGCCUGGAGAGGCUUCCUGUAAAGGUCUCAAACCCUUGUUUUAAAUACUGAAUAAUUUACUAAUAAAGGACACUCUGUUUCAGUCUCAAAGACAAGUCUAUAAGUUUGUGGGGUUUUUUUACUGUAAAAUGUCAGUUUAGUAAACCAGUGAAAUAUUUAACAUGUACUGGUCUAAUCUUCAGACCUUAAUAUGUUGCUGUAUAGCUAUGCUAUGGGAUUUUUUUGUUCUUUUGGUAUAUGUAACCAUACCUAGAGUAUUACAAUAGGUGGGUAGUAAAAGCCAGCUUAAUUGGAAACAUAUCUGUAGAUCUCUAUUUGUAAACAAUUAAAAAAUUAAGUACUUUAUGUGUAAUGUGUAAAUUUUCACCAUAUUUUUGUACUCUUUAAUACUGUCAGCUCUCAUGAGUUUGAAAUUGAAUUUGGGGCUCUUUUUUGAUCACUCGGAAUCAUGUGUUUCCCUCUAGCUGGCCAGUAUGAGUAGAGUCCCUAUAUUUUGACUUGCACUACAAAUACAUGUUUUAUAAUAAUUGCUAUACAUGUGCUUUGUAUAUUGUUCAUCAUUAUGACAUAAGCUACCUGACUCCAUUUGUUUUUCUGUUUUAUAAAAAAGAUGGGUUAAAAUUAUCUCUACCCCCCUCCUUCCUCCC